ACAUAUCAAUACUCCAAGCUACUGGAACAUUUAACCUAAGAAAAAACGUAACAAAAAAAGAGAGGAGAAAAAAGACUCACCAUGGUUCACGCUGGUGGUCAUAAUUCACCCGGGUCGAAUCCAAACCCAACCCAUAUGAACAAAUUCGCUUUCGGGUGUGCUGUCGUUGCUUCCAUCAUUUCAAUCAUCUUCGGAUAUGAUACGGGAGUUAUGAGCGGCGCACGGAUAUUUAUACAAGAUGAUCUGAAAAUAAACGAUAAUCAGGUAGAAGUUUUGAUGGGCAUCCUGAAUCUCUGUGCUCUCGUUGGAUCUUUAACGGCGGGAAAAACAUCUGACGUCAUCGGUCGGCGUUACACCAUUGCUCUCUCCUCCGUGAUAUUCUUAGUUGGAUCGGUUGUUAUGGGUUACGGUCCAAACUACGCCGUUUUAAUGGUAGGAAGAUGUAUAGCUGGAGUGGGUGUAGGGUUUGCUCUAAUGAUAGCUCCGGUCUACUCAGCCGAGAUAGCCUCUGCUUCACACAGAGGCUUUCUCACUUCGCUCCCCGAGCUUUGUAUUAGUCUAGGGAUCUUAAUAGGCUAUGUCUCGAAUUACUGUUUCGGGAAACUGGCGUUGAAACUCGGCUGGAGAUUGAUGCUUGGACUUGCAGCGAUUCCUUCAAUGAUAUUAGCGUUUGGGAUUUUGAAAAUGCCUGAAUCUCCGAGGUGGCUUGUGAUGCAAGGUAGGUUAGAAGAGGCCAAGAAAAUCAUGGUUUUGAUAUCCAACACCGAAGAAGAAGCUGAAGAACGCUUCAGGGACAUUUUAGCCGCUGCAGAGAUAGAGGAAGAUGGAGCGGUUAAAGCGGUUGGCCGCGGUGUGUGGAGAGAGCUGGUGAUAAACCCUACACCCGCGGUGCGUUUGAUCUUGAUCGCGGCCGUGGGGAUACAUUUUUUCGAGCACGCGACUGGGAUCGAAGCCGUCGUUUUGUACAGCCCAAAGAUCUUCGAGAAAGCUGGAGUGACUUCAAAAGACAAGCUCUUACUAGCCACGGUCGGUGUAGGUUUAACCAAGGCUGUUUUUAUAGUAAUAGCGACUUUCUUGCUGGACAAGGUAGGUCGGAGAAAGCUUCUGCUGACGAGUACAGGCGGUAUGGUUUUUGCGUCGACCAGUUUAGCGAUUGGUCUCACGAUGGUUCACCGUUUCGGGCGGUUAGUGUGGGCCUUGAGGUUGAGCAUCGUCUCUGCGUACACGUUUGUAGCGUUUUUCUCGAUCGGGCUUGGGCCUAUAACGUGGGUGUACAGCUCUGAGAUAUUCCCGUUGAGACUUAGGGCUCAGGGAGCGAGCAUAGGCGUUGCGGUUAAUAGGAUCAUGAACGCAACGGUUUCUAUGAGUUUUCUGUCAAUAAUGAAGACGAUCACGAUGGGAGGUGUGUUCUUCAUGUUCGCUGGAAUCGCGGUUGUAGCGUGGUGGUUCUUCUUCUUUAUGUUGCCGGAGACGAAAGGAGUGCCAUUGGAAGAGAUUGAGAAACUUUUUGGUGGUGGAGCUUGCGACGGAUUAGAGAUUCAAGCAAAGAGAGUCGAUAAUAAGAUUUGAUUAGCAUUGUAGUAGUUAAGACUGAUUUGGCUUAUAUUUUCUUUGUCAACGUACGUCAUUUGGCAUAUAUACUAUAUAUAUACGGUGUGAUUUUGUAAGCAGGUAAAUCGCUCAAGACAAUCUUAUAUCGGAUCAUGAUAUAUAUCGCAUAAUUUCUUAUUGUUUGGGUUUA